AUGGAAAAUGACGGCACUUCCCCAUCAUUUGUUGAGUCCAACCCAACUUCUGAUUGUGUUGACAAUCGAGAAUCGGAAGUCACUCAAGAACGGCUGGUCAAUGCCCUGACAGAAUUUGUGCUGGAAACGGACCAAGCGUUCAUUAUUGUGGAGGAGCCGUCCUUUCGACGACUUUUGGGAUUGUUGAACCCGGACAUACAAAUUCCUGGUCGAACAACAAUGCGUUCCGAAAUUUCCAUUAGGUACCAAACGGAAAAAGAGCAGCUCACUGCCAAACUGCAGGAGAUUCCAGGGAAACUUUCAUUUAUCCUGGAUUGUCGGACUUCUUCCAAUCAAUAUGCAUUCCAAGGUGUAAUCGUUCAAGGAAUAACAAGGGAAUGGGAACUCUUAUCGUUGCCCCUUGAUUUAACCAUUCUUAAUGGAUCUCAUACCGGAGAAAACUUGGCGACCCAACUUAUCAAAGUCCUGGAAGAUUUUAACUUAAUAGAUAGGGUGCACUCCAUCACAAGCGACAAUGCCUCCAACAUGACAACUUUUUUCUCCCAUUUUAAGAGACUUAUGCUGAAGAAGAAUGUUGACUUCAACAUUGAUGAUUUUCGCGUUCGCUGUUUGGCACAUAUCCUAAAUCUGGUCUGUCAGGUGGCUUUGGAUAGUUUACGGGAUAUGUCGGAGGUUGAACCAAAUAUUUAUGAUCUCGACCCUAAAUCAGAUGGGGAAAUGGUGCCUGUUCUAACGAAGGUUGUCGACUAA